AUGACGGUUGAAAGGGAAAUCAAAACACUCAAGACGAAAAGGGCUGUUGUCAAACGCAGGUUUACUCAAUUUGCACAUUUUUUUAACGAUCCGAUUAAUAAAGGUAAAAUCGCGGAAAUUGAAAAAAGAUUAGAAGGUGUACAGUCAUGUAUGCAAGAAUUCGAAAAUUGUUAUAUGCAGCUUCACGACUUGGACGAAUCUCAGGUGAAUAUUGAGGAUUUAAAUGAAUUUGAGAACGAAUUUUACAGGGUAGUCACGGAAGCUGAAACUUUUGUUAGCAGUAAAGGUAGUGCAGAGAUACCGUCAGACAAUAUUAAAUGUAUACCUAACAACGUAAAAUUGCCAGAUAUCCAAUUGCCCACAUUUACAGGCAUAUUUACAGAAUGGAUUAGCUUUCGUGAUACGUAUUUAGCGCUUAUUCAUAAUAGUACGUUAACUCCAAUCCAAAAAUUUCAUUACCUGAAAGGUACCUUAAAAGGGGAUGCAAAGCAAACCAUUGAGCACUUAACACCCACAGCAGAAAAUUAUGAAUCGGCGUGGUCCCUGCUCGAGGCGCGCUAUGAAAAUAAUCGCUUAAUCGCACAGCAUCAUGUGCGCGCGCUUUUCGCUUUACCCGCCAUAAGCAACAAAGAUUCGAAAUCACUUAGAUCACUUAUACAAGCUUUGAAUUCAAACCUUAAGGCCUUAGAGAACCUUGGUCGUCCAACAAGUCAAUGGGACGAUUUACUCAUUUACAUAAUUACUUCCAAAUUUGAUCAUAAUACUAUAAUUGCGUGGGAGACAACGCUUUCAAAUAUAAUCCCUUCGAUGCAAGACAUGAGCGAUUUUUUAAACCAACGCUGUCAGAUGUGGGAAUCACUGGAGGUUAACGCAACCAGUAGGUCUAAUUCUAAUUUUCAUAAUAAGAUUACCAAAAAUCCAUACAUCAAUAAUCGGGUGAUCUCCCACGUGGCGAACACAUCUGCUCCCUUUGGUAAGUGCCUUUAUUGCAAAGAAAUGCACAAUAUCUAUAAUUGUCCUAAUUUUUUGAAUUUAUCUAUCGAACAAAGAAUCAAUGAGAUCAAAAAACGAAAAUUAUGUCUUAACUGCCUGAAAGGUGGACACAAAUUGAUGUCAUGCAAUUCCAGUAACUGUAAAAAAUGCAACAAACGCCACAAUUCCUUGCUACAUAUAAAUGAACGCGAAACAAGUACAUCUCCCGAACCAUCAACUUCUUCUUUAAACAGUGUCAGUAGUCAUUGUGCACAGAUCUUGAAUAAAAAUAUUACAUUAUCCACUGCCAUGAUCAACGUGUGUGAUGAACAUGGUAAAUUAGUCCAGUUUCGUAUACUCUUAGAUAAUGGUUCCGUUUCCAACUUCAUAACUGAAAGAGCUGUAAAACAAUUAGGUCUAAAAAACGUACAAACGAUAAACUUGUCACUUAUAGGAAUAGGAUGCAGCUCUUCAGUAAUCAAUAAGACAGUUAGCGCUCGAAUUUCUUCAAUUAUCAAUAAUUUUAAUGCAAAACUCGAAUUUUUAAUAGUCUCAGAAAUAACGGGCAACAUACCAUCCACCUCAUUUUCGCCCAUAAACGAUAUUCCAAUAAAUAUUAAACUUGCCGAUCCUUUGUACAAUGAAUCUAAACCAGUAGAUAUUUUAAUUGGAAACGAAAUUUUUUGGGACCUAAUGUGUGUCGGUCAAAUUAGGUUGAGUAAACAGGGUCCGGUAUUACAGAAAACCCAGCUUGGUUGGAUUAUCGGGGGCGUAGUAGGAUGUUUUAAUAAUCAAAAAACUUCGUCAUGUCAUGUUACGAAUCAUUCAUUAGAACAGGAGGUAAAACGGUUUUGGGAAAUUGAGCAGUACUCGGAGGACCAACCUCCUGAAAUUAAUAACAUCUGCGAAAAAUAUUUCUUAGAAGGUUCUAAGAGAUUAGAGAAUGGCCGGUUUUCGGUAAAAUUACCAUUUGUAACGAAUCCACCGGAUAUCGGUGAGUCUAGGAACAAAGCAUUAAGGCUGUUUUAUAAUCUCGAGAGACGCCUUCACAAGGACCCUCACUUAUUCAAGCAAUACUCAGAAUUUAUGGCUACUUACUUAAUCCUAGGACACAUGACGGAGGUUGCUAAUCCCAACAAUUCUGGUUAUUUCUUGAGUCACCACCCAGUUAUUAACGAAUCCUCAAUAACGACCAAAUUACGCGUUGUAUUCAAUGCCUCAAUGCAAACCACUAACAAUAAAUCCAUUAACGACAGCCUCCUAGUCGGGCCCAAUUUGCAGCAAGAUCUGUUCGGCAUUUUAAUUCGGUUUAGAUUUUAUAAAAUAGUGAUAACCGGCGAUAUUCAAAAAAUGUACAGACAAAUACUCUUGCAUGAAGAUCAUAGAAAAUAUCAACAAAUAUUCUGGCGCGAUAACAUAAAUGAGCCGGUGAAGGUAUUUCAGUUAAACACCAUAACUUACGGUUUUGCUAGUUCAUCUUAUUUAGCUACCAGGUGUUUAUUAGAACUCGCCAGGUACGCAGAGCUCGAAUUCCCUGACGCGGCCAGGACAAUCUCUACAAGUUUCUAUGUCGAUGACCUUAUUUGCGGUGGAGACACACCUGAACAAGCGGCGCAAUUAUUGCAAGAAAUAAAGAGCAUUUUAAAAGGGGGAGGGUUUGAGCUGCAUAAGCUUAAUAGCAAUUACCCUCAAGUAAUUUAUGGCAAUGAGCAGGUAGGCGAAACUUAUACAGUAUCCUUGGAUAAGCAGGGUCCGACAAAGACUUUAGGGGUACUUUGGGAUAAUAAUGCGGAUGCUAUUAGAUUUUCAACUUGGGAAAAACCUGCAUCGAAGGUAAAGGUAACAAAGAGAAUUAUCUUAAGUACAGUCGCAAAGAUAUUUGACCCACUUGGACUUGUUGCACCCGUUACGGUUACGGCAAAAAUAAUUCUGCAAAAAUUAUGGGCCUUAAAAAUCAAUUGGGACGAAAGUGUACCUUGCGAUUUGUACACAAUAUGGAAGAAUUUUAUGAAGUCACUUCCGGAACUGAAUAGUAUAACGAUACCGCGUAGAGUAAUUCAUGAUUCAACACAAGUUCAGUUGCAUGGUUUCUGUGAUGCAAGUCAAUAUGCAUAUGGCGCGUGCAUCUAUUUACGGACCAUGGACCCGUCAGACUGGCAUUACGUCCCCUCUAGUAAAAAUCCUGCGGACAUUUUAUCAAGAGGGGCUACUCCAUUACAAUUAAAAAUGUCCCAAAUGUGGUGGACCGGUCCCAACUUCCUGGAAGGUCACCACCAAAAUAUUCAAUUUGUCAAAGAUGAGCGCACGCAAUUACAUAUUCCAGAAGUAAAGUCUGUUUGUUGUUCAUCAGUAACAAAACCUAGCGUACAAUUUGAUUUACUAACCAGAUUUUCUACCUUUUCAAAAUUAAUCAGAGUCACUGCUUUCAUUUUACGAUUUAUAAACAAGGCAUUGAAUAAAACUCCAAAAUUUAAUGGUCACUUAUCUUGCGAGGAAUUGCAGCGCGCCCAUGAUUGUGUGAUUAAGCUAUUGCAAGCCGAAGCCUUUUCUGAAGAAAUUCAUAAUUUAAAAAAUCAUAGGCAACUCCUACACAACAACAAAAUUUGUAAUUUAAAUCCCUUUUUGGAUCAUAAAGGCCUACUAAGAGUAGGGGGUAGAUUAAAAAACUCUAAUUUAGACGUCGAGCAGAAACAUCAAUUAUUGCUUCCCAAAGGUCAUCAUGUGACAAGGUUAAUCAUUAAAAACUAUCAUGAAGACAAUUUGCAUUCUGGUUGCCUGGCAACUUUAUCAGCCAUUCGCCAAAAAUAUUGGCCCAUUGCAGCCCGCAGUUUAAUUCGUCGUCUCAUGGGCGAUCUACCCAAAGAACGUAUCACGCAAGCUCGUCCAUUUCUUAUCACAGGUAUAGAUUAUGGGGGUCCUUUCGUCAUAAAAAAUGGGGUAUUAGGGGAAACUUUACUAAACUUUGAGGAGAUGAAUACAUUAUUGGCAAUGAUAGAAGCAUGCUUGAAUUCCCGUCCAAUUAUACCCAUCUCAGAAGACCCUAAUGACCUAUCUUCCUUAACCCCUGGCCACUUUCUCAUCGGCACUCCGUUGACGGCUCCGGCGGAGCCCAUUGUUGGCGAAGUACCCACCAACCGCAUGAAUAGAUAUCAGCUCGUGGAGAGCUUGAGGCAGCACUUUUGGCAACGAUGGUCGAAGGAGUACCUGCACAACAUGCAACAGAGGACCAAAUGGAGCCGUACACCAACACAGCGUCCAGCACUAGGAGACCUCGUCAUCCUGAAGGAAGACAACACUCAACCCUUACAAUGGCCUCUGGGGCGAAUCUGCGACAUACAUCCUGGGCAAGACGGUCACUGCAGGGUGGUAACAGUGAAAACUGUGCGCGGAGUGUACAAAAGGCCUCUCUCGAAAGUGUGUGUAGUGCCGCGCGAAAAUGAAGAAACUCGAGCGCUUAAUCUCAGUAAUAAACCACCUACUGAAUGGAAAGAAACGAAAACCACUAAGAGGGAGAUGCGCAGAAGGGUGUGUUUGAGCAGGGUGAGUCGCGGCCAGUUCGACUUGGCCUUUCUUUCGAGUAAGACAUCCGAGAGGUAUGUUUUCCACGUGAUUCCGUGUGUGCUGGUGGAAGAAGCGGCGUUGCUUCUCGAUGGUUACGGAGUAUGUGAGACGCGGGAACCACACAUAUGUGAGCUUCGCGUGUGUGAUUCAUAUGUGAACGGACGCCACAAAAUGGCGGCACUUCCGGAUGACGCCAUGGCCGUUAAUUUUCGUACCACGGACUAA